AUGGCGCGACCGUCGUCGUUGUCUCUUGUGAUGAAGGAUUCCGUGCAGCGGCGACGGCGCGUGCACCGCCCUCGGCGGUCACCCACCAAGCCGGAGUGCCCUGCGGCGGCCGUGGUGCUGAGCCACGAGGAGGUUCUUGCCGGCGUUGAUGGAGGAGCCGCCGACGGCAUGAGCAUCUUCGCUGCAGCGGGCUAUCCCCCUCGGUCGCCGGAGUAUCCGGUGGUGCCGAACAUGGACGACUUCGUCGUCGUAGAUGGCGUGGAUGGCGGUCUGGUGGUGGCAGUGGCGGCGGGCAGACGCGCCUCGGACGAGACGCUCGCGGUCCACGCCGGGGAGAAGCUCGGGAGCGGCGGCGAGGCGAGGACGGACUCGAUCGCGACGCCGAUCGUGAGCGGCACGACGCACUGGUUCAGGGACUUGGUCGAUCUCGUCGCGUUCCGGGAAGGGCGGCGGCAGAGCUUCGAGUACGGCCGGUACGGCAACCCCACCGUGAAGGUUCUGGAGGAAAAGAUCAGCGCUCUCGAGAGGGCGGAGGCGACGCUCGUCACCUCCUCCGGCAUGAACGCCAUCGUCGCCACGCUGCUCGCCCUCGUCCCUUCCGGCGGCCAUGUCGUCGCCACCACCGACUGCUACAGCGAGGCGCGCGUCUUCAUCCGGGACAGGCUCUCCAAGAUGGGCAUCACGUCGACGUUCGUCGAUCUGGACGACAUGGAGGCGCGUGGCACCACGACCUCGGCGGCGCCAUCAGUCCGGGGGCAGAGUGAGGAGGAGAAGGCCAAGAAUGGGAUUAAGGACAACUUUGUGAGGUUCAGUUUUGGGAUUGAGAAGUUUGAGGAUCUUAGGGAGGAUAUACUCCAGGCCCUAGAGAAGAUUUAG